AUGUCUCGCAUGAAGAUCGAGGAGGUGAAGAGCACGACCAAGAAGCAGCGCGUGGCUGCGCACAGUCACGUCAAGGGGCUGGGUCUGGACGAACGAGGCGCUGCAAAGCAGGUGGCGGCGGGGUUGGUUGGACAGGAACUAGCCAGAGAGGCCCUGGGGGUGGUGGUGGACCUUGUCCAGAGCAAGAAGAUGGCCGGGAGAGCCGUCCUGCUCGCGGGGCCCCCAGGAACCGGUAAAACGGCCCUGGCUCUUGCAAUAGCCCAGGAACUGGGCCCCAAAGUUCCUUUCUGCCCAAUGGUCGGCAGCGAGGUGUACUCCACCGAGGUAAAAAAGACGGAAGUACUCAUGGAGAACUUUCGGCGUGCCAUCGGGCUCCGAAUCAAGGAGACAAAGGAGGUGUACGAGGGGGAAGUCUUGGAGAUGACUCCGAAUGAGACGGAGAACCCGAUGGGUGGGUACGGGAAAACCAUCAACCAUGUGGUCAUCGGGCUCAAGACCUCCAAGGGAACAAAGCAGCUGAAACUCGAUCCGGCGAUCUACGAGAGCCUGCAAAAGGAGAAGGUUCAGGUGGGGGACGUGAUUUACAUAGAGUCUACCAGCGGAGCCGUCAAGAGACAUGGUCGCUCCGACACGUAUGCAACCGAAUUUGACUUGGAGGCCGAAGAAUACGUUCCGCUUCCAAAGGGAGAUGUGCACAAGAAGAAAGAGGUGAUACAAGACGUGACGCUCCACGAUCUCGACGUGGCAAAUGCUAGACCACAGGGAGGCCAGGAUAUCAUGAGCAUGAUGGGCCAGCUCCUGAAACCAAAGAAGACUGAGAUAACGGACAAACUUCGGAAGGAAAUCAACAAAGUAGUAAAUCGCUACAUCGACCAGGGCGUGGCCGAGUUAGUCCCUGGCGUUUUAUUCAUUGACGAGGUACACAUGCUCGAUAUCGAGUGCUUCACUUACCUCCACAGGGCCCUGGAAUCUUCCCUCUCCCCCAUCGUCAUCUUUGCAACGAACAGGGGCAAAUGCACGGUGAGGGGGACCGAGAUUAAGUCCCCGCACGGGAUGCCCCUGGAUCUAUUAGACCGGAUCAUGAUAAUUAGAACCCUCCCCUACUCUCAGGAGGAAAUUGUCCAGAUCCUCAAAAUCCGGGCCGUGAUCGAGGGAAUUCAGGUGCAAGACGAGUCUUUCAAAGUCCUCGGGGAGAUUGGGACAAAGACGACGCUGCGAUAUGCCGUGCAGCUUCUCACGCCUGCCAGCAUACUGGCACGGAUCAACGGUCGGGAGGUCAUUGCGAGGGAAGACGUGGAAGAGAUAAACGAACUGUUCUACGACGCAAAGUCGUCGGCAAAACUCUUAGCCGAACAGGAGGACAAGUAUAUGAAGUAA